AUGGGCACAGGUCGGCGAGCACCCGCCUCUCCUCGGUGUGGGGCGCAUGCUCAGGGUCAUGAGACGCUAGUUGCUAGGGAUUCUUCCAGUAAAGUCAUGGGGAGCGCAAGGAGGCAGACUCGGCUCAGGCCGUUUCGCCGGUGUGGACUAUUGGCGUUGGUGGUGCUGCAGCUGCUGCUCGUCGGUCACUAUUCUGCUGCAGUCGAUGCAGCCAGAAGUGCGGAUAUACCUGUGGUGGAGAAUAUGGAGGGAGAAGUGAGUGCUCAUACGGCUGGCGGUGUUGCGCAAAGGGGUGCUUCUGCAGGAGUCGACGCAGGUGUUGCAUCGCAGAAUGCAGGCCCUGUGGGCGUCACUGUUUCAUCGGAAGAACAGGAGAAGGCAAAUCUCGAGCUUCUUCGUACUUUCAUGCUUGAGGCAGAUGCAACAGAGACGGAGAAGUCGUCAGACACGCAAUAUUUUUUGGGCGUCAUGUCCCAGAAAAUCAAGCGACAUUUUUUAGUCGACCUUCUCUCGGUGGUAUUGUUGUUUGCCGGAUAUUAUAUUCUGGCAACUGGACUUGAACCAAGGCCUACACCGAAGCCUACAGCCAAAGCACCACGGGUCUGA